AAAAAAUCCUCAAAGGCACAGUUUAAAGUUCUCGAAUGUAACAGUUUCUAAAGCAAACAAAAAAAAAACUCUUCUCACUCUUUCUCUUUCUAAUAUUUCUCUCCUGUGGAGAAACUAAAGAGAGAGAUAGAGAGAGAAGAGAAUGUAUGUUUGGUUUUAUAAUCUCUCUGCUUUUUGCUAAAGAUUUGUCUCAGAGCCCACCACUUGGACACAGAGAACCCAAGUUCCUUUCUUACUCUUUCUCGAUCUCCCCCUACUUAAUCUAGUUUCAACAUCAUUCUUAAAUUUAUAUUCCCUUUUUCACAGUUUCCUAAUCCUACCUCCUCUCUUUUCUCAAGUUUAGUUAUUAUCUGCAUUUUUGAGCACUCGUGUGCUGCAUGCAAUUUCCCCUGGUUGUGUUUGUUGGCUGUGAUUAUUAGAACUUCUCAUUUUCUAGGUGGUUAGAUCGAACCAGGGUUGUAUAAAUGGGUUCUAUUAGAGGAAACAUUGAAGAGCCAAUCUCUCAGUCAUUAACUAGGCAGAACUCUCUCUAUAGCUUAAAGCUCCAUGAGGUUCAAACCCAUUUAGGAAGUUCAGGAAAACCACUAGGAAGCAUGAACCUUGACGAACUUCUCAAGACUGUCUUGUCACCAGCAGAGGAAGAAGGGCUUGUUCGUCAGGGAAGCUUGACUUUGCCUCGAGAUCUCAGUAAAAAGACAGUUGAUGAGGUAUGGAGAGAUAUCCAACUAGACAAGAAUGGAAACACGACUACUACUACUGCUCAUAAGCAGCCUACGCUGGGUGAAAUCACACUUGAGGAUUUGUUGUUGAAAGCUGGUGUAGUGACUGAGACAAUAGCUCCACAAGAAAACGUUGUGAACAUAGCUUCACAUGGGCAAUGGGUUGAGUACCAUCAGCCUGGACAACAACAAGGGUUUAUGCCAUAUCCGGUUUGUGAGAUGCAAGAAAUAGUGAUGAUGGGUGGAUUAUCGGAUACACCAAAAGCGCAUGGGAGGAAAAGAGUUGCUGGAGAUAUUGUGGAGAAGACUGUUGAGAGGAGACAGAAGAGGAUGAUCAAGAACAGAGAAUCUGCAGCACGUUCACGAGCUAGGAAACAGGCUUAUACUCAUGAGUUAGAGAUCAAGGUUGAAAGGUUAGAAGAAGAAAAUGAAAAACUUCGGAAGCUAAAGGAGGUGGAGAAGAUACUACCAAGUGAACCACCGCCUGAUCCUAAGUGGAAGCUCCGGCGAACAAACUCUGCUUCUCUCUGAUCUUAUCAGACCUCUCUUUUUGUUUCUUUCUCCUUCUUCUUUGUGUUGGUUUAUAUCAGACAGCUUUUGUUCUUUGUAUAUUCUGUAGACUUAAAUCGACUUUUGAACAGUAUGUCUUUAAAUACUUUUUUGGGGUGUAAUUUCCUUUUGCAGCUGGUUCUAACUUUUGAGUAUUCAACA